GGGCGAGGGCAUUUUGGGUAUACUUGCUCUGCUACCUGUAGAAAGGGUGACCUUAAGGGCCAACGAGUUGCUGUUAAAGUUAUUCCCAAGUCCAAGAUGACAACAGCUAUUGCAAUUGAGGAUGUAAGAAGGGAAGUAAAAAUAUUGAGAGCCUUGGCAGGACAUAAUAACCUUGUUCAGUUUUAUGAUGCAUUCGAAGAUCAAGAUAAUGUUUAUAUAGUUAUGGAGUUGUGCCUUGGUGGAGAACUUCUAGAUAGUAUACUCUCAAGGGGUGGAAAGUAUACUGAAGAUGAAGCAAGAGGUGUCAUGAUACAGAUAUUAAUGGUUGUUGCAUUUUGUCACCUCCAAGGUGUGGUGCACCGUGAUCUUAAACCUGAGAAUUUUCUGUUUUCUUCGAAGGAUGAGAAUUCCCAGUUGAAAGCUAUAGACUUUGGGUUAUCUGAUUUUGUCCGGCCAGAUGAAAAGCUGAAUGAUAUUGUUGGGAGUGCGUACUAUGUUGCACCAGAAGUUCUACAGAGAUCAUAUGGUACAGAGGCUGAUGUUUGGAGUGUGGGGGUGAUAGCAUACAUUCUCUUAUGCGGCAGUCGUCCAUUCUGGGCUCGUACAGAGUCUGGGAUCUUCCGAGCGGUCUUGAAGACUGAUCCCAGUUUUGAUGAAGCACCUUGGCCUUCGUUAUCUUCAGAGGCUAGAGACUUUGUCAAGUGGAUGUUAAAUAAGGAUCCUAGACGAAGAAUGUCGGCUGCUCAAGCCUUGUGUCAUCCGUGGAUCCGGGAUCACAGUGAUGCAAAAGUGCCUCUUGAUAUUCUUGUAUUCAGACUCAUGAAAAGCUAUAUGAGGUCGUCUUCAUUGCGUAAGGCCGCUUUGAGGGCAUUGGCCAAAACACUGUCGGAAGAUGCACUCUUCUAUCUAAAGGAGCAAUUUGCGUUAUUGGAUCCGGACAAUAACGGCACUAUAAAAUUGGAUAACAUCAAAACUGCUCUGUUGAAAAAUGCAACAAAUGCCAUGAAGGAAUCACGUGCACCAGAUUUACUCGCUGCACUAAACGCGCUCCAGUACAGAAGAAUGGACUUUGAAGAGUUCUGUGCAGCAGCGCUGAGUGUGCAUCAGUUGGAGGCUGUCGACCGUUGGGAGCAACACGCUCACUCUGCAUAUGACUUUUUUGACAAGGACGGAAACCGAGCCAUCAUGAUUGAAGAACUGGCUUCAGAAUUGGGACUAAGUCCUUCAGUGCCAGUGCAUGCAGUCCUCCAUGACUGGAUAAGGCAUACAGAUGGGAAGCUAAGCUUCCUAGGCUUUGUCAAAUUGCUGCAUGGCCCCUCUACCAGAACACUUGUCAAGGUUCAGUAAAGGAAAACAAAACAGUAGCAGAACUUCUUGAGGACACGUGGCAGCAGAGAAUCUCAUUGUUCACAUUUUCUAUUCUUUUUUAUUUAUUGAUAGUCCAAAGGUGGUUUGUCUAAUGUGUUAGCUCCCACACGAUCCCAUCUGAUCUUCUCCCACGUGGUCCAAAUCACUACUACUGUCUAUAGACUCCGGUCUGCCUGACCGUGAUUGCAGUUGGAAUCUGUGUACGAAUAUGUACAUGUAAAUUAGAGUUCUAUACUUCUAUGUAUAUGUGUUGUUAAGAAGUAGUAUUUGUAGUAUGCAAACAUUGCACAUUCACAGAGAACAACGUUCAUACAUUUCAAUGUUAUUGGUUAUUUUUGUAACUUUACAUAUUUAUUUACCUAGGUAGGUAAUUGCUUGGAUAAAUUAAACAACAAUGAUCAAUUUUUUUACUCUAUCUGUCUCAUUUUAUGUGUCUUAAUUUUAAUUUUGGAUUGUCUGAAAAUAAAUGUUCCUUUUCCCUUUUUUGAAAGAAA